GCCAAGUCUCAUCUUGGACCAGAGUCUGACUUGCCUCGCACCGUUCCACUCCAUACCAAACGAUGCCAUAAAGCACCAGCCUCUCUUUGCUAUCCCUCAUCCACGCCUUGCACACGAUGGCACAUCGCCCUACAGUAUCUUUCUCCUCAAGCCUCAAACUCUCGAUCAAUCCACCACACUCGACAGUUCGGUGAUCCGACUCUCUGAGGGCUAUGUCUAGGCAACUGGCAUCGACGUUGGCCUGGUGAACCACUGCCACCGCUCCCCUAUAUAUGCGGCUUUCCCCUGUCAGAGCAAAGGUUUCCAGCUGAGCUCGCCGGCCUUCGUGCCCCCUUCUUCUUUUCUACAUUUCCAAACUUCCAGUCACUCGUUCACUCCGUUCCAUAUUCUCGCUCAUCAUGGUCCGAGUUUGCUUGCAUUCCCAGUCCAUCUUCUUGUUUUUCUUCCUCUUGCUUUCAAUUAUCCCCUUUUCGAUGGCUUUUCCGGUGCUCGGCCGAGAAUCCCCGGGCUCUGUUGCGCUCAGACGGGUGGGUGCGAAUCAGAAACGACUCGCCGAAUACGGAGAUUUCCGCGAACAGCGUAUACGCGCGCAGGCUGUUCCGGAACCCGUUGCCCCCAUCCGAAAACCCGUGAUCCGGCGAGGGACUGGUCCCAAGGGGCGUGCCUCUGCGAUUAUCGCUAUGGGCUCUGAUUCCCUAUGAUCCUAGUGCUUUGACGAUCUCGUCUGCAGGCAUUCCACGCUCCGGUCUUCUUCGAAGUUGCAGAUGCACUUAGACCGUGAUGAGAUAGGCAAUGUACAUUCAUCUGUCAAGGAUCCCUUCCCGGCGGUUGACCGGUCGGAUGCCAACAUCUAGACCGUUCUUGCAGGCUCCAAACAUUGAUACCCUUGAUAUAAAUAGCGGACAGUGUGGUCUCAGUAAUUCUUUGACAUGUCCGUCAUUGAUAGUCCCUGUUGAAUUCCUCGUCCCGCCGGGUCCUGAAGCCUUCCUGCAUCUUCGAACGUUCCAAGUCUGAUUCCUGCGUCGCAAGUCUCCUAUCAUGUGACUUGUCCCAGUCUUUCAAGGAGCCAGGGACGGAUACUAAAACCCAAAUCAGCUGCAGAGAGAGAUAAGCUACCGUACAUGUCACCGCGGGCUCAGAGUUAUGGAACAGUGACAUUUCCAACCUGCCAUGAAGAUCACGAAUGCUGUGAUCGAAUUCGAUUGAGAGUGGACAUGGAUAAGGUCCGACGGGUCUUACCCGUAUUGGACCCUCGAAGGUCUUUUUCGAGGCUUAAAAGGCCGUUCUGUCUGUGUUGAACAGCACAGAGACUCUCUACCGCUCAGACUCAAAAAUACCCAAUGCUUUCUUGGCUAUUUCCCGUUUGGGCAUCCCCAUCAUCUGCCUCUUCUGCACCGCAGCUCGUGUCCGAGCCCAAGCCGGACGCGUCAGUACCGACUCCCUCACCCUGCGAAGACAUCCUCAGCGACCCUCUCGAGCACCCCGUCCUCGACCGCUUGCGCGCGCUCAUCGCGUCCGGCGGCGGCGAGUCCUGGCCCCCGCGCGCGUCCUCGCACGACACCUGGCCCACCCCACUCCGCGCAUACGACACAGUGUAUCGCGCCGUCGCGCCCUAUUUCCCCACCCCCGAAUCCUCCACGGACGAUGCGCACAACCGCGCGCUGAUUGACGCGUACCGGGCGCGCAUGCGUGCGCAGCUGGCGGAGCACGUCGACCUCGCAGACGUGCGCGCCGCACUCGACCGGGCGGCGGGGCCUGACCCUGAGUCCUGCACACAGUCGGCUUGGCUUGGGAUCUGGCUCGUGCUCUCUUUUCUGCGGCAUUCGUACCGCUGGGGUGUGACUCCGAUCGUGAGUGAAGCCCAGAACGAAAAGUCUGUCGAGUUCCCGGUAGAACUCGACGUCUCGUGGAGCUAUAUGCAACAGCAUUUCGGCACGACGUCGCCCGGGGGAUGCAUGACCUCGCUCAUGUACGCGAACUUGCGGGCCGACGACACGUUGGAGUACAGCGUCACUGCUGGGCUCUCCCCAGAGCACCGAAGCACGGAGCUAUGGAACACCAGGCUUCUCUGUGGGAUGGACGAAAGGCUGCUGCCCAUGUACCACCUAUUCGCGCACUCGAUUGUAUAUCUUGAAGGCGGUGAUCUUCUUGCUGCUCAUUCAGCCUUGCAAGCUGCCAACCAGGUGCUGCGAAAUGCGUUCAAGUUUUUCUUCGGCUCGAUGGUAAAUGCGAAACUGAACCAACAACUAUGGCUCGCCUACGUCCAGGGCUACCAAGGCUGGACGCUGGACGGCAUCGACGGCAUCUCCGGUGGCCAGAGCCUCGCAUUCCGCACCCUCGACUCGUUCUUGGGCGUCCGACCGUUUCCGGAACCGCACAAAGAGUCGCUCCACCUCCCAACCGCCCAGCGGGACUGGCUGAAUUCCCUGAGAGACUACGAUAUACGCGACCGCGUCAGGGAGAUGGGGGACGAAGCGGCCGGACUGAAGGAGGAGCUGGACGCGCUGGUUAAACAACUACGGUUGUGGCGAAUGGGGCAUAUGAAACGCAUGGAGGUCUACGAGUCUGUGCGCAGGCCUGAACGGAAAACAAUGACGGCUGGAAUCUCUGUCGUCGAUGCGGCCAGUGAGGAUCUCAUGAUCCGACACCUCAAGCAGCAGUUGGGACAGCGAUUGGCGCAGACGGUUUAGUUGAUGAUAAUUGAAUGUACAUACACUGACAUCCCUCACAUACUUAUACCGAUCUAGACUAGCAUAAAUAGACAUUUGUAUCUUUGGCACUGACUCGCAUCGGAUUUUCAGAUUAUCAUGAAUCGGGAUUCUGACGUUUUAAGCUUCCAGUUCAAUUGCAUCUCAAGGUUUAUUGUUUGGUUUCCCGUGAUAACAAGUGACUAGUAGGCAGCCCACCCUCCAUCGACAGGAACGCAAGCGCCAUUCAGCGGGCCAUCCUCACUCAGCGUGAGAACAAAUUUGGCGACAUCCUCGAGUUUGUUAAGUGGCGGCUCCAUCGCCAUCGUGGAGCGCAAGACGGCCAUGAACUCCAUAUUCAAUCCACCAUUCGGGUCGACAAUGCUCGUAGCCAUACCGCCCGGCAGGAUUGCAUUGCAGCGGAUACCCUUCUUGCCUAGAAACGCGGCCGUGUUCUUCGUCAACCCGAUUACGCCGUGUUUGCUCGCCGUGUAUGCUGCGCCGGCGGCCCCGCCUCGAACUGAGGCUGCGGAUGCCACAUUGAGAAUGGCACCGCCGGCGGGGGACUGCGCCAGCAUAGCUUUGACCGCCUCGUCCAGGCAGAUGAAUGUGCCGGUGAGGUUGAUGCCGACGACGCGGUCCCAUGUCUCGCGCGCGACGCUGCCCACGGGCUCGAAGCGAUCCAUGACUCCCGCGUUGUUGAUCCAGACGUCCAGUCGUCCAGUCUUGGAGACAGCGAGAUCGACGACGGCCUUCACUUGCUGCGUGUUUGUAAUGUCCGCGACGAUGGAGUGGGCGCUGGGGCCCAGCGCAGCGACCGCGUCCUGCAGCAGAGACGCAUUGAAAUCGCAGAUGACCACUGUGGCACCCUCGUCGACGAACGCCUUGGCGAUAGCUCUUCCCAGUCCCUGGGCUCCCCCGGUGACGACCACGGAUUUGUUAGCGAAUCGAGACAUGAGUGCUAGCGGAAGGUCGGCUGAGUAUAAGUAGGCAACCUUCGACGACUGCGAAAGCAAUAGAUUGCCGGAUAGGUGCUUGAUAAAACAAUAACAGCUCGUCGGAUUGUGCUUCUGUUCCGGAUAGGGUGGCCAUGCCGGAUGGGCCAGGUCCAAUUACCCUCUACAAAUGACGAAUGCCAGGCCUGGUGGGGUAGGCAGUUGUGAUGCGUUUAACGAGAGUGAAUAGAUG